UGCCCCGGCCAAAUAAUUUGAGUCACAAUGAUACACUAAUCUGAACAAGGCAUGUCUUAUCUUAUUAAUUAUCUGUAUUACUUUAUGGCAAGAGCAGGCAGGUUUCAAAUAUAACAUAAUGUUGGUGUGUCUAAUUUAGCUCAUAAUACCUCUAAUAGAAUCCUGUAUACUUAAACUAAGCUUGAUUUUUAUUAUUUUGGUCAUGUUUUGCAAAAUCAUCCAAUGUUUCUCUAAAGUGAUGCUUGUUUUCUCCUGAACUACUGUUGUCACAUGUUUACCUGUAAACUCCCUUUUUGGCCACACCUAUAAAGAAAAGCUAAUUGUUAGUGAGAAGCUGUCACUCAGACAUGAAGCGCUCUACUGCCAUAAUCUUCUUUCUGAACACUGUUAACGUCAUCUCUCUUGUUCCCCAUGAAAUAACAUAUUUUCUGGGCUGCUUUGAGAAUGGCAACACUGCGGUACAAUUUGAAUUUGAUGGUGAGGAAAUGUUAUAUGUUGACUUCCAAACAGACGAGAUAGUUUACACUGUACCCACCUUCAUUGAUCCUGACCCUGGCCAGGUUUUAGUUGGCAUGAGUAUCCUUCGUGAUGCUCAUGAUAACAAGGAAGUGUGUUCAGAAAUACUAGGUGUGCUGAAAUACAAAGAUAAAUCUCCACAAAAAGAAGAUGCUCCGAACUCCAUGAUCUUCUCCUCUAGAGAGGUGGAGCUGGAAGUUGAAAACAGCCUCAUCUGCUUUGUAAAUAAUUUCUAUCCACCUUCCAUCAACAUCAGCUGGACAAAAAAUGGCCACCCAAUAUCAGAGGGGGUGUCACUCAGUCGAUAUCAUCCCAAUAAAGAUCAAACCUUCCGCCAGUUCUCAACUUUGACCUUCACACCGAGUGAGGGGGACAUUUACUCCUGCACUGUGGAGCAUCCCGCACUGGAGUCACCUACAACAAGAAUCUGGGAAGCAGAAAUCAUCAAAAAGGAUGAAAGUCUUUGGCCUGAUAUUUACUGUGGAGUCGGUCUUGGUGUGGGCUUGUUGGGAGUCACAGUCGGCGUGUUUUUCAUUGUCAAGAGUCAACAUGUAGCAUAGUUUUUUAGUUUUUAAAUAUGGUAAAUUGUUACAAUCUUCAGGUAUUUGGGUUAUGGUUCUCAUUUGUGUUUUUUAAAAUCAUUUCCUUGUUUAUUUUGUUUGUUAGGUCUUGCCAUAUUCCGUUCAUUUCUGUAUUCAUUAUUGUCAGAAAGGUGUUGUCAUAAAGUUUAUUACUUUGUGUUUAAUUUCUUAGUUUAUUCUUGUGCUUUCUUUGUUGUACAUUUAGUAGUUGUUUUAGAUCAGUCUUGUUAUUUUAUCCUUAGUCUGUAGUUUCUUUUGAGGCUCCCAUCUGUAGUUGGAACUCGGAAAAUCCGACUUCCCACUCUAAAAAAGCAACUGGAACGCCCCCUGAAUUUGGGCUUCAUACUAAAAAUUUUGGAGAAACUCCAUUUACCCUAAGCUAGGGUAGUUGGAGUAACUUUGCGUUUCAGUCUGGUAGCACUUCACAUCAACAACAUAUUGUGGUGUAAACAUGUUUAUUUUACAAGACACACUUGUAGUGCAUCUGCUGAAUAAAUUAAAAGUGGUGUUUUCUCAAGGAAAUAAAGCUUAAAUCAAUGUUUUUAAGAGAUACUGUAAACAAUGGCUACUCUGGCAUCACCAUGUUGAGAUACCAACUUCUCCAGCUGUGCUGUGACCUCAGGAGUGACAUUAAUUCAGCUCCUGAUUGUUUGUUGCUCAAUCUUUCUGCUCUACCCUCUGUAAGUUUUCUUUUUAUUAUUCAUAACAAUUUUAUUUUGCCAAAGAUGGUCUCUGUUCUUAGGUCCCAUGUACAGCAUCCCAUAAUGUUUUGCAUACUACUCAUAAACAAAAUGUUUUACACCACAUUAGAUGUCAUUUUUAAAUUUAUGAGGCCUAAAUUAUAGUUUACCUCAGGAUUUCAUGGGGUGGGCACUUGAUGUUUUUUAAAUGACUACAUAAGAAACUGAGACUGUUGUGGAGAGCUGGACCACUGCCUUAACACACAUCUUUCAAUAUAUGUUUGGAAAAUAAAUGCAAAUAAAUAUUUUAAAAAAUUAUAAAUACUGUCUGUAUUUUUUCACCCUUGCUUAAUAAACAAAAAACUGG